UAAACCUCGUUGGAUUUUUCUUCUUCUUCUUCUUCUUUCUUUUGCUUUUUGAUGCGUGCGUCUCAAAACGGUGAUGCGGGCGGAAAAGCCAGGCUGCUGCUGUUGUUUCCCUUGCUUUUUAAAAAUCUGAUGCAGGAGGGAAAAGUUUUGGCUGCGAUGGAAAGCGGCGAGUUCUGAGCCCUCCGAGGCAGCGCGGCAUGGAGGAAGAAAACGGCAAGCUCGCAAGCGCCGGGAGCCUCUGGCAGGACCCCUUAGCCAUCGCGGUCACCCCCAGCAAACCCGUCUCCGUAGGGAGCCAGAGCGCCGGAGGGGGCGGCGGCGGCGGCGGCGGCGGCGGCAGCAGCACCUGCAGCGGCAAAGACCGAGCUCUGAGCGUGGUCUAUGUCUUCACCGAGGAUGUGGAGGAACCGCUGCCUCUCCAGUGCUUACGGGAAGCCUGCAGGGAAGUGCCAGCGGCUGAGCUGACGACGGUGCCCUUUGGCACCGUGAUGCUGGGAGACACCGACACCUUGGACCGCUUCUACAACGCAGAUGUGGUGGUGGUGGAGAUGAGCCACACCCUAUGCCAGCCGUCGCUCUUCUAUCACCUGGGUGUGCGCGAGAGCUUCAGCAUGACAAACAACAUCCUCCUUUGCUGUUACACGGACCUUCCGGAGCUGCAGGCCCUCCGGGACUGCAACGGCAGCUACACCUUCAUUCCCUACGUGGUGACGGUCCAGAAGAAAGUCUUCUGUUGCGAUCCCAACGCCAUGAAGUGCCUGAGCGAACUCUACCAGCCCACCUUCAACAUGGCAGCUUUUUUUACCCCACUGUCCGUUGAGCUUGCAAGGCUGCUGGAAGGCACCUCGACCAGCGCCUGCGGCUACUUCCGGGAGAUGAUCCGGAGAGACAUCCGCAGGGCUCGCGAAAGAUACUGCGGGGAGCAGCUGAGCCGCGAGCUGACCAGCAUUCAGCAGCGCCUGGACAGUGUGGAGUGCCUCAGCCUCGAUAUCGUCAUGAACUUCCUCCUAUCCUACCGCGAUGCGCAGGAUUUCAAUGCCAUCAUCACGCUGGUGGAGACCUUGCAGGCUCUGCCCACUUGCAACGUCGCUGAGCAACACAACAUCUGCUUCCACUAUGCCUUUGCUCUUGACAGGCGGAACCACCCCGGUGACCGCGAGAAGGCACUCUCUGUUCUCCUGCCCCUGGUGGAGAGGCCUGAAGGUGCAGCGCCCGACCUGUACUGCAUGUGUGGACGCAUCUAUAAGGACAUGUUCAUUGAUUCUGGCUUCACCAAUGCCGAGAAGAGAGACCAGGCCUUUUAUUGGUACCACAAGGCCUUCUUAACGGAGCCGAGCCUCCACGCUGGGAUCAACUCUGUCGUCUUCCUCAUCGCCGCCGGGCACCACUUUGAAACCUCCAUGCAGCUUCGACAGAUUGGUAUGAAGGUGAGCUGUGUCCUGGGCCGGAAGGGCUGCUUGGAAAAAAUGCAACAUUACUGGGAUGUGGGGUUUUACCUGGGUGCCAGUAUCUUAACAGGUGACAUGGAGAAAAUCAUCCAGUCCUCAGAGAAACUCUAUAAGCUCAAUGCCCCUGUUUGGUUCUUGAUUUCCAUCAAGGAGACCUAUACGAUCUACAGUCAUUUCAUUCCUCCUUUGGAAACGUGGUCUCCCAAACAAGAGCUGGUAGAUUUCUGGCUGGGGGUCUUGAUGGAGUGUUGCCAGCCCUUUGUCUCCACAGAGCAGUGCCUGGUUUUGAUUCUAGAACUGGGCAGAGUGUUGCAGCCGUCCCAGCUGAAAAUCUGCAACCAAGAGACAAACAAAUCGGUGACGCUGAGUCACAUCGGCUCCCUGGAGGAGGAAGGAAUUUCCACCUGGACGUUUCCAGUAUCUGCCAUCCGUGGAAUCAGCAUCUCCAAGUGCGAUGAGCGGUGCUGCUUCCUGUACGUGCUGCACACAGCCGAAGACUUCCAGCUGUACUUCCCUACCCAGUAUCAUUGCCGCUGGUUUUGUGAACUGGUCCAUUCUUUCAUGGCAGAGAUGGGUGAGGAAGGGAAUAGCUGCAGCUUCCCGGAUGAACUAGAGUACGCCUAUGAAUACACGGAAGCAGGUGACCGGAUGAUUCUGGGUAAAGGGACCUAUGGGGUGGUCUACGCUGGGCGAGACCUCAGCAACCAGGUGCGCAUCGCCAUUAAGGAGAUCCCGGAGCGGGACAGCAGAUACUCUCAGCCUCUGCAUGAAGAGAUUGCUCUCCACAAGCGUCUGAAGCACAAGAACAUUGUCCGCUAUCUGGGCUCUGUCAGUCAAGAUGGUUUCCUCAAGAUCUUCAUGGAGGAGGUACCUGGGGGAAGUCUCUCCUCUCUUCUGCGCUCCAUGUGGGGACCCUUGAAGGACAAUGAGCCAACCAUAGUUUACUACACCAAGCAAAUCCUGGAGGGGCUGCGUUACCUGCACGACAACCAGAUCGUCCAUAGGGAUAUCAAGGGAGAUAACGUCUUGAUCAACACAUACAGCGGAGUAUUGAAAAUUUCAGACUUUGGCACAUCUAAAAGGUUGGCAGGGAUCAGCCCCAGUGCAGAGACAUUCACAGGCACUCUGCAGUACAUGGCGCCAGAAGUCAUUGAUCAAGGCCCCCGUGGCUAUGGCAAGCCAGCUGACAUCUGGUCCCUGGGCUGCACCAUCAUCGAGAUGGCUACAGGCAAGCCCCCGUUCUUCGAGCUGGGCAGCCCGCAGGCCGCCAUGUUCAAGGUGGGCAUGUUCAAGAUCCACCCUGAGGUGCCCAGUUCCAUGUCAGAGGAAGCCAAGGCUUUUAUCCUGAGUUGUUUUGAAGCCGAUCCAGACAUGCGAGCAACUGCUGCUGCCUUGCUUCAAGAACCCUAUUUGAAGGCACCCAAUCGGAAGAAAGCCAGGAGCCCAGUAGUGCCAGAUGAAUUGUCUGCCCCAAACACGCCUGAAAGGUCAACAUCAGUGGAGGGGGAUGGUGAGCCCAGGAACCGCUCAGCAUCCUUGCAGUCCUUGAGAGCACAGACAGAAAACAAAUUUCUUUCUCGGAGCUCCAGUGAGGUGGCCCAGAAAGUCAAUUUCCUAAGGGCUCCUGAGGAAUUCUCCCACCUUGACUUCAACCUCUCCUCUUCAUCCCACGAGGAGAGUGGCUGCCUGUUCUUGCUGAAGAAGGACAGCGAGCGGAGAGCCACCCUGCACAAGGUGCUGACGGAAGAGCUGUCCAGUAUUGCGGCUGCCCUUCAUGGGGCCCAGGAUGAGGCCUGGCCUUCUUCUCCCUCCUCGCCUCGGCGCCCGCUGGCCUUGGAACACAUCUCCCACCUGGUGUCCUGCCUCAAGAGUUACAUCCGCAGCCCCAGCCGGAAGCAGCUGACUCAGGACCUGCUCCAUCUCCAGGAGAGCUUGCAAGCGGGUGGGCUGGACAUCUGUCAGGUGCAAGCCCCGCUCUUCAACUUCCAAGACACCGUAAAGCAGGCCCUGCGGAAGCUUCAGAUCAAGCCUCACUGGGUGUUCGCUCUGGAUAAUCUCAUGGGGCAGGCGGUCCAGGCUGCUUUUACCAUCCUCUUAACAGAGCUCAAAGUGAAACCACAGCUUUCGCGGAGGGAAGGCCAGGAACACCUGAGCAGCCCGGAGGAAGAAGAGGACGAAAGCCUUUUAACCCAGGAGCCUCCAUCUUUGAAAAGUCAGGACGGGCCCCUCAAGGGCAACACAGGCACGCCAAGCUCCGGAAUUGGCACCACCACCAGCAGCUGGCUGGACUCCCAGGAUCCUCUGAAGGGCCGUUUGUCCCUCAUGGCCCAGCUGAACCAUUUGCAGGCCGAGACGAGAAGGCUGCAGUGGAAGCUGAUGGAGAAGGAGCGCGAAUGCCAGAGGCUCCUGCAGGAGGCUUUGCAGGAAGUAGAACGCGACGUCUGCAUGCUAAGUAGACCAACGCCAAUAGUAGUCUCUACUUCCCCAACUCUUUCCUGGGAGAGAGGGAAAGAGGGUGCCGAUCCCCUCCUUGUCGAGUGGUUAGAAAAACACGGUGCAGACAAACCCACAAUUGCAACGCUCUCGCACCAUGGCUUCACCCUGUGUGACCUGUUGAAUUAUGCCACGGCCGAUGACCUCCGGUACACCUGCAUCAGGGGGGGCAUGGUGUGCCGCAUCUGGAGAGCCAUCUUAGAACAUCGAGAAACCCUUGACCAACAGAUGCAAUGCACAGCCAACUGA